AUGUUCUUCAAUUUCUUGCAAACAUCAACAUCCUCUUCGAACUCCAAAAAGCCGAACAAUCCAUCAAGCAGCACUUCGACAUUCCUUGAUCCUUCACAUUUGAUCGCAACUCACGAGAUGGAAUGUUCCGUUUGUUAUGAAACGUUUGAAUUAAACAACGAUUCCAACACAAUCUCUACACCAUGUGUCAAUCCCAGUUGCCAACAAGAUGUCUGUUCAAAAUGUAUUUUCAAAGCCAUUGAUUCCAAUAUUCAAAACAAUUGUCAUGACAUGAAAUGUAUCACUUGUCACACACUUCUUGACAGUGAGAAGGUGAUGGAAUUUUUAAAAAGUUUUUCAGUGCCUCUGUCAGAAAAAUAUGAUCGAAUAAUGGUGUGUAAAGCACUUGAAAACGAUCCAGGAUUUGUAUGGUGUGCCCAUGGAUGUGGCUCUGGAGUGAUUUCGGAUGAGGACGCGCAAAUUGUGACAUGCGACACAUGUGGCAAAAAAACCUGUUUUAUUUGUAAAACCAAAUGGCAUGAAGGAAUUACAUGUCAAGAGUUGAAUAACCAUCGAUAUUUAACUCAUUCUCAGUAUCCUCUUAGCAAUGUCUUGGAAGAGUAUGAUGAUGACGAUGUGUACUCUUCCGACGGAGAUUAUGAAUUGGCUAACAACCUGCAAGAGAUGACUCUUUUGAAUGAAAUCGAAAGUGAAAAAUACAUCCAACAGAUCACGAAAGAAUGUCCUAAGUGUAAAUUUCGUUUUGAAAAAGAAGAGAAUGAUUGUGAUCAUGUGAAAUGUGUGAAAUGUCAAUUUGAGUUUUGUUGGUCUUGCGGAGCCGAUCACAAAUUGAUCAUGCAGAAGGAUAAUUCGUAUCAUGAUCCAUCCUGUAGAUUUCAUAGCAGCAAUAUUAAUCAAUAA